GAUUUUAAGGCCGGGCCGCGGGCGCGCGGCGCAGUCUGCCGAGGCUCCGGAGCAGGAAGCGGGAGGUCGGGGCGCGCCUGGCGGCAGAUAACCCACCUGUACUACCUGCAGUUUCAAGGCCUCUUCUUCCUCCCUACCUCCACUGGGAGCCCCGAGAGACCUCGUUAGUUCGGACUUGCUGCGCCUUAUCUCAAAGAUGGGGAAUCACCUGACGGACAUGGCACCCACCACCUCCUUUUUGCCCAACUUCCAGGCGUUACAUGUCGUGGUCAUUGGCCUGGAUUCUGCUGGAAAGACUUCCCUGCUUUACCGACUCAAGUUCAAGGAGUUUGUCCAGAGUGUCCCCACGAAGGGGUUUAACACUGAGAAGAUCCGAGUGCCCUUGGGGGGAUCCCGUGGAAUCACCUUCCAAGUGUGGGAUGUCGGGGGUCAGGAGAAGCUGCGACCGCUGUGGCGCUCUUACACCCGCAGGACUGAUGGGCUGGUGUUCGUGGUGGACUCUGCGGAGACUGAACGGCUUGAGGAGGCCAAGGUGGAGCUACACCGGAUCAGCAGGGCCUCGGACAACCAAGGGGUGCCCGUGCUGGUGUUAGCCAACAAGCAGGACCAGCCCGGGGCACUGAGUGCAGCCGAGGUGGAGAAAAGACUGGCAGUCCGUGAGCUGGCUCCCGCCACGCUCACGCACGUGCAGGGCUGCAGCGCUGUGGACGGGCUGGGGCUGCAGCCGGGCCUGGAGCGCCUGUACGAAAUGAUCCUCAAGAGGAAGAAGGCCGCGCGAGUGGGCAAGAAGAGACGGUGACCUGAGACUGUCCCUCCCCACCUGGUAGGGGUCAGUACACUUGGAUAUAGGCUGAUAGAGCCUGUAGCCUUUCAGUCAACCUGGAGUGCGGGACCUGCCCACCUCAAUGAAGGACAGGAGAAUGGGGGUCCUGCUUUGGUGCCACAUCAAGUGACGGGGAGGGAAGGUGGAGCGUCUUCUUGGCCCCUGAAGAAUAGGGUCUGCAAGAUUGGAGACUGCAGUGUCAAUGCUGAUUCUCUACCUCGACCCCAUUCUCAUUUUCUUACUCUAGCUUUUUAUUUCGGUGGGGGCUUGUCUGGAGGGGGGGUAGAAAGUUCAGUGAAUGCAGUCGGGGUGAGUGAGAAGUGUCUUACCUUUUCCCCCCUAACUGGAGGAUCCCCAGCUGCUGCUUUAGGAACCCAGUCACAAUAAUCUAAAUUUUUGUGUCUGUGUGAAAGUGCCAAGAAUUCUUCCUCAUUUGUAGAUCCACAACCCGUUUUAUAAGCCGCGUGUGUCACAUUUUUUUUUAGCAUUUGCCUGUAAGUUAUUAAAGAUUAAUGACUUCUAGCUCUUA